GGAUUAUGUAUUUUGUGUGAGAACCUUCAGACGGCCCCGAUCGUUAAUGGGGGUUGGAGUGAGUUGGAUGGUUUCGUCUCAGGCUACUGUUUCAGUUUCAUAACCAUCGAUAAUCUCUUUUCUACCCAACGUCAAUGCCGGAUAUACGAUUCGUUCAAGUCGCUUGCUGGUGGAAGGGAACCGAACUUCACAAGCAAACUCCUUUCGCUAUUCCUCUAUCACCCAUUAGCACCGGGUCAUGUAGUGUUCAUCGAAGGCCAUCGAUACCAAGCAUUUUUCACCGCCGAGGCUCUACUCAAUAUCACGAGGGUCCUUGGGCGGUUUCUAUAUCCCUUCUGACUCCUCUCACUGACUCAAAGCCGCGGAAAGACAACAUCCUUCGAUUUACUUUUCACGGCGAACAGUCUGAAAACGAUCAAGAGCCCGGGUGGCAGCUGGACCAGAAGAAACUCUCGGUGCCUCUGAAGGAACUGGCAGGACAAACCCUAUGGAUGAAGGUCCAGGAAGCUCGCCGCCCACUGCGAAUCUAUGCAAUCGACCAAAGAGGAUAAGAGUAAUAUAAGUCAAAAUUCUGGCACGUAGUAACAAGUGAUGUUAAUUAUGUCCUCAGCACUCCAGGGAAUGGGGGAUCUUUGGUAGAAACGGGAUUACCCGAAGGAUGCCAGCUGCCCCUUCACGUCGUGCCUAUCAGCAGCCGCCUGUUACAUCAUUGAAUGU